AUGAGAAUCAGGGAUACAGGUAUGGCUAUUGAUUUGCUUCAUAUUCACAGAAUCCUCUCCACCCUGUUGGAGAUAAAGGGAAUAAUCAUCUCGAGAUAUAUAAAAGGUAGAGAUAAUAUCCAGAAAAUAACCAAAUUAUUGCUGAAAGCUGGUGAGCAAAAGCUUUUAUGCGCCUUGGAAGAGCCAAUGGACAAGGACUCAAUUCGGAGAACAAUCAUGGAGCACGAUAAGGUCUUCAGACAGCAGGGAUCAAGGUCGAAUCUCAAGAGUAGUCCUUCUACCUCAGGGACAAAUCAAUCUACUCGCCUUGGUAAUGCACAACACUCAACUCCCCAGCAAGUACCUGAAGAUUUGAGUCUUCAUGAAUGCAAGCCAGUAAACUGCCUCAGCCUCUUUAGUGAAGAAAACUCAACAGUCAAAGAAAGAUUUCACAGGGAGAACCAUAAAUCACCUGAAGAUGAAAGUUGGAAUGCCGCUGUAGAGAGUGAUCUUGACCUCAAACUAAGCAUUGGCCCCAGUUCACAUUCACCAAAAAGACCGCACUGGCUAUUCUCGGGAAGCAGGAAAAGAAACCCUUCUGGUCAGCAUCGAUGA